AAUACUUCUGUUGUUCUUGUUGUAGAUUUGUGAUCAAAUUUAAGUUACAAAAAUCAAGAACAUAAGAGAAACUCAUGAUAUUUAAAUCACGAGAUCGUCUACUCCACCAAAUAGGCCAUCAUCGGACUUUUUUUUUAUGCUACUAUAGGCUUGUGAAUGAAUACAAAGAGGAGACCCAAAGAAGUGUGCUUUUGAUUGUCCUAUACCAUCAUUUCCAUUACUACUGUCGUUAAGCGUUAUUCUCAAUUCUACAAACUUGUCUUUUCAUGCUAUAUGUGUUUCCAUUUCUGGAAUUUUAAAUGUAAGGUUGAUUAUGAAAUAUAUGUAACCAUCAAGCAUAGAGAAAUCUGCAGGCUCUAGACGGAUGGAUUGAUUGCGUGUUGCGUGCAUUGAAUAUCAUACUACGAUAUUGGAUGACAUUAGAGUGUAUAUAUGAUGUAUAAUGUAUUACCCAAAAUUAAAAACCAAACCAGAUACAUUCUACAGAAUCAUUUUCAUAUAUCUUAAUUCUUGGCUUCAUUUCCUUGUAAGCUUCUGUCUGUCCUUUUUUUACGUCAAAUCCUUUAAUAUGAUCCUAUAAUUAAAAUAGUACUGCUACUAUACUAUAUGCUUAUCUUCCUUUCUUUAAAUGAUCCUAAGCUGGCUUAUUUAGUUUCUGCAUAGCUUAUACUGUUUGAAAACUUUGCAAGAAAAUAUCAAAUCUUGUUAUUGAUUUCCUCCUUCCUCCUUCCUCCUCAAGGGCUGAUGGCGAACAUGGUGUUCCCCUCUUUCCAACUCAACGAGAGCGAUCAUGAUCUUCGUGAUCACGAAACAAUUUGGAGGACCAAACAAGACCACUGUGGUGACAUGGAUGAGGCCGCGUUCAUGGACUUGUUUUCCUCUCAAGAAAACGCCUCUUGUGAUGCGAUGCAGGGGAUGAACAUGGUUGGCGUGGAGCCACCAAGAUCAGAAUCGAGCAAAGAUGUGAGGGAAAAGCAGAGAUUGAGGAGGCCUAGAGGAGAAGAUGAUACAAAGAUGAAGAACAGGUUGUCAAUGGAGGAGAUCUUGAUGGUUGCUGGGGAGAAAUUCAUCCAAUUCUCCACCAACAGAAUUGAUGGCAUAUCUAUGCUGAUCCACCCUUAUGGCUCUUCAAUCACAGGCCUUUGCUUAGACGAUGAAAGAGACGUGGAGAUCAUGCACAGCCUCCUCUCCGCAGCAGAGAAUGUGGGGCUGAAGCAGCUCGAAACUGCAGCCAGGCUCGUUGCUCGUUGCCAGCAGAUGGCGUCUGAAUCAGGCACCCCCGUGCAGCGCCUUGCCUCCUACUUCUAUGCAGCUCUCCAGCAAAAGAUCAGCAGAGAGUUAUAUGGUGUGGCCGUGAGCCGGAGGAAAGCAGACGUUGAUGAUCAUAAAGGGCUAGCAUUAGGCACAAACAACGCGUUCUUGGCCUCACACCAGCAGCUUCCCUUCAGCCAAGUCACGGAGUUUGUAGGAAUGCAGGCCGUUAUAGAGCAAGUGAGAGGGUGUGGGAAGGUCCAUCUGAUUGACCUCCAGAUCAGGAGUGGGAUCCAGUGGACGGCCCUGAUGCAAGGGCUGACGGACUCCCCGUUGCAGCGCCUCAGAAUAACUGCAGUAGGCACAGCUGAUCAAACAUACAUGGAGGAAACAGGCAGCAGGCUGCAGAGCUUUGCAGAGUCAUUGAACCUGCCCUUGUUGUUCGAGGUGGUGUAUUUGCAAGGGAUGGAUGCAUUCAACGAGGAUCUCUUCAACAUAGAACCCGACGAGACCGUUGCAGUCUACUCCAUGCUGAUGCUGAGGUCCAUGAUAUCAAAGCCCAAGUCACUAGAGACGGUGAUGAAGGGCAUUGCAAGAAUGAGGCCGGCGGUGAUGGUGGUGAGCGAGGUGGAGGCGAACCACAACUCGCCGUCGUUCAUAGACCGUUUCACGGAGGCCCUGCUGUUCUACAGCGCCUACUUUGACUGCCUGGAGGAGUGCAUGGAGAGGAGGAGCGAGUACAGGGCGGUUCUCGAAGGGCGUUUCUUCGGGGAAGGGAUCACCAACAUAGUGGGAGCAGAGGAGGAGGAGAGGGUGACUCGGAAUGUGAAGCUUGGUGUGUGGAGGAAGUACUUUACGCGGUUUGGGAUGACGGAGAUGGCGUUGAGUGAUUCGUCCAAGUAUCAGGCUAGUCUGGUGUUGGAGCAGUUUGGGAAGGGGAGGUGUUGUGAUCUUGUGUUUGAUGGGAAGGGCUUGAUUGUGGGAUGGAAAGGGACACCAAUUCAGUCUGUCACAGCUUGGAAGUUCUCAUAGGAAUUAGAGUAGAUAUUGUAGUUGUUGAGCUUCUUUGUCUCAUUCUUUUAUCAUAUGAAGAGAGCGGUUGAAACAUCUAUAUAUGCCUGUAUUGUCAUUCUUUAAUAAUAGGGCUUCAAUCCAAUUCUUUCAAGCCUUCUGAGAUUUUUA